AUGGUGGAACUUCUGGGCGCAGCGGAAACAGGAAAUUUUCAGCAAGAAAAAAAGUUAGUGGAUCAUGGCGCUGAUGUCAAUUGGAAAAAUUAUAGUAAUAGUCCUAUUCACUCUGCAGUAUCCUCUGGUUCACUGGAAAUUGUCAAAUAUUUAGUUGAACAUGGUGCUGCUGAUGUAAAUUGUAAAAAUUAUCGUGUUGGUAGUCCUCUUCACUCUGCACCAUCAUCUGGUUCACUGGAAAUUGUCAAAUAUUUAGUUGAACAUGGUGCUGAUGUAAAUUGUAAAAAUUAUCGCUUUAUUACACAUCCUCUUCACUCUGCAGUAUCAUCUGGUUCACUGGAAAUUGUCAAAUAUUUAGUUGAACAUGGUGCUGAUGUAAAUUGUGAAAAUCAUGGUGUUGGUAGUCCUCUUCACUCUGCAGUAUCAUCUGGUUCACUGGAAAUUGUCAAAUACUUAGUUCAACAUGGUGCUGAUAUUAAUUCGAAAUGUUUGAAA